AUGAAUUUGAUACAGGCUUUGAACAAAGGAGCCAGCCAUCAGAAAUAUACGGACCUUCGCAUCACACUGGAUUUUACCAACAACAACACUCGUUUCUGUCUCAGCAACAUCAAGGUGCCAGUGUGCAAACUGUUCCUGAUGCACACCAGACUUCCUGGAGUAAUCUGCUACAUUUGUGGUCGCAACUACGGCACUGCAUCCAUUGGAAUCCACGAGAAGCAGUGUCUGGAGAAGUGGAGGGAGGAGAAUAGAAGACUACCGAAGGGAAUGCGACGUCCAGAACCUGUGAAACCUCAAGUACUCCUGGAACUGAAAGAAGGAGUAAAAGGCUCGGCAGGUGGCAAGUACAACCUGGAUGCCCUCAACGAUGCUGCCUUUCAAUCGGCUCAGGAACAGUACGUCAGAUGUGAAAAAUGUGGCCGGACUUUUCUGCCGGAUCGACUCCAGGUGCACAUGAAGAGCUGUCGGGGAUUUUCUAAGAAGAAAACCUAA